AUGGACUUGUUAUAUCUUGCAGUCGGAAAAACAUUUCAAAAGAAUAAUGCGAUGCUUCAUAAAAAUACCAAGGAAGGCAUAGUAGGCGACAAUACUCUAGGCUUGGAUAAUCGAUCAAGUUUGUUCAGUGGCCAAGACAAAGUGCAAUGGAUUUUAGAAACUAUGCGAAGUGAGAAAAGCAUCGAUGUCACUCGAACGAAAAUAAGUGAAGGAACCCCCCAAGAAUACCUUAUAGUUAUUGAAUUAUUUCUUGUUACUACUGCUGUUACAUUUCCUUCUGAUGUUUACUCAACAGGAGUUCCAGAAAUUUUCAAAAGCAUGCAUACAUCAACCCCUGUCGCAUCAUUGAGCACUUGUACUUUCUUGGUAGGUUUCGCAAUGGGUUCUUUACCUUUUGCGCCACUUAGCAGUAUUUAUGGAAGAUUGCUUGUUUAUUUGGUUUUCAUUUUUACAAUUUUCCAAAUAGGUGGCGGAUCUGCUCAUAAUAUUUGGACUACACUUAUCAUUCAAUACUUUCAAGUUGUCUUUGGGAGCAUUCCUUCAGUCAAUGGCGGAGGUGGUGUAAGCGACAUGGCUCGUUACCUUCGUGAAGUUACAGGAAAUCCUCUUUGGUACACAAAUAGUGAAAAGCAACGUGACCCUAGAAGAGCAGUUAGACAAUCAUCGAUGGUCUUCCGUUUUAUAGAAGUCGGUGUUGGAAUUGCGAUAGCCGUAUCUUUAACUCCCAAAUUGUUUAUUACCAUUAUCUGA